GAGAUGGAGCCGACAAUCCCGGACCUGAAGAAUCAGCAAUCACGGGCGCACAUCAGUGGAGCACUCGAGAGAGCGAGUUCCCUUUUCGUCUCGCCUUCUCAACUGAUAAAACCCCGAAGUCCGACAUGAUUAAAGUUUCCUUCCGUGCUGACAACGCGGGUCCCUGAGACCGGAACCAACGUCAAUCCUCCCAAUUUUCCUGUCCUUCCAGUCUACUUCCAGUCGCCUCGCCCUCCCUUUCUCUUACCACCCCGUACCCUCGACGAACAACGCGCCAGAAGACGAGCUCACUCAUCACCCGUCCCUCAACAUGAGCAGCGACGCCAUCGCCGACCCGGUGCACCCGUCCGAUGACCCAUCCGCCGUGCAGGCGCAGUCCUACCCCAAUGGCCACCUGGGUCACUUGACGCAGAGCGAAGAGGAGGCGCUCAACAAAUUCAGAGCUCUUCUGGAGGAGAGAGGAUACUGGAAACCCGGUCCCCCCGCCUCGCAUGACGACCCCACGUUGUUGCGCUUCCUCCGUGCCCGUCGAUGGGUCCCUGAAGAUGCCUUUACGCAAUUCAAAGAAACUGAGGAUUGGCGUGUCGCCAACGACAUUGAUGUUCUGUACCGCACCAUCGAGAUUGAUGCCUACGAACAAAGCAGGCGCUUGUACCCUCAAUGGACUGGUCGUCGUGACCGCCGCGGCAUCCCCGUCUACGUCUACGAGGUCAAGCCCCUUGACGCCAAAACCGUCUCUGAAUACGAGCGCCUCGGCAACCAGACCUUCUCCGAUGCGAAAACCGACGGGAAAACGCCCUCGGGGAUGCUUCGCCUCUUCUCCCUCUACGAGAACCUGACGCGCUUCAACCAGCCCCUCUGCACACAGCUCAAGGACAGGCAGUACCCCGAAGUGCCCAUCACCAUGUGUAACAACGUUGUAGACAUCUCGGGCGUGGGGCUGAAGCAGUUUUGGAAUCUCAAGUCGCAUAUGCAGUCUGCAUCGCAGCUCGCAACAGCAUAUUACCCAGAAACAUUGGACCGCAUCUUCAUCAUUGGUGCGCCCAUGUUCUUCGGUACCGUCUGGGGGUGGAUCAAGAGGUGGUUCGAUCCCAUCACCGUGUCCAAAAUCUUCAUCUUGAGCGCGCACGAGGUCAAGCCCACGCUCGAGAGUUUCAUUGACAUUAAGAACAUUCCCAAGAAGUACGGUGGCGAGCUGGACUUUGAGUUUGGAAAGCUGCCUCUGCCUGACCCUGAGUUCGAGGGCAUCCUCGAGUGGGAAAACGGCCACACCUCGUUCCCGACCGGCCCUCUAUUGUGGGAAGAGAUUGACGGCGGCAAGAAGAUGGCGUGUGUGCUCUACGGCCAGCGCGACGGGAACAAGGUCCACGAACGUAUUUGCACGAUUCCCAAAGUGUGGCCACCAGUUCCUUAUCAGAAGAUGAACGGCGUCGUGCCCGACCCCGAGGUUCUCAAGAACAUAGAGGAAAAUCACUCGUCCGACGACACAAUUGCCAGUGGGGAGGAGUUGAAGAAACUUGACAUCAACGAUAAAGCAGAGCAGCCUGCGAGCGUGCCUGCUGCUUGAGCUUGGAAGGGCAAAUGAUGCCAUUCGCUUAGACGAAGACGACGACUACUUUUACGUACGAUACCCGGCACACAAUACCAUCGGGAAAGGGCAUGGAG